AUGGACCAACACGGCAAUUCCUCAACCCCUCCACAACCUCGGCCACAACCCUCCAUCCGAUCAUUCUUCCAACCCCGAUCAUCACCAAGUUACACAGCUCCACCGGCACCAGCAUCACCUCUUCCAACCUCCGCCCCCAGACCCUCCCCUAUACCCACCACAGUAUAUUCUCCGCCUCCCUCACAAACACCAUCACGAACUUCCUAUGCGACUACCAAGGUCCCUUCGCAUGCUUCCAUUGCUCUUAUUCAGGAAGAACAUAUUCAAUCCCUCCGCAGAAUCAAUGCUCUCCUCCUCCCAAUUGGGUACCCCGACAGCUUCUAUCAUACAAUCGCCGCUCCAAAUCCAUUACCUAGUUUCUCCCGCAUCAUAACAUGGACAGAACCUGGUCCACCAACCAAAGAACAGGUGAUAGGAGGUGCGGUGUGCCGGCUGGAACCAACCCCCACACCGGAAUCGUCACUUUCCAAACCAGAGUUUGUUCCUGGAUGUCAUGAUUUAUAUAUUCAAUCACUGGCUUUACUCUCUCCAUAUCGAGGUCAAGGCUUAGCCGCUGCAGUCCUACAGGAUAUUAUAAAAUCUGCCGCUUCUACAAGUAUAUCAACCAACGGAGUCAAGGUCGUGGAAAUCUACGCACAUGUAUGGACCGAGAACACCGAGGCCUUGGAAUGGUACGCGAAACGAGGAUUCAAGCGCGAAGAAAACGUCGUACAAGAUUACUACCGGAAACUAAAACCACAUACCGCCUGGAUCCUCCGUCGAAGAAUCGUACCUAGCGAUCAUCUCCAAUCCCAAUCCUCAACUCCAUAUACCAGUUCCAGCGGGCCCGCCGUCCCACUAAACACCACCGCUGGCACAGGCUCCCAGACUUCAGCUCCUAAAGAGACAGCUUCCGAGAAGGAAAACCGACCUUCCUUACCAACUCCCACACGCUCAUUCCAAGAUCGAGGUCCCGAACGCGAAUGGAAUGAUCUUCCUGAAGAUGUCCUCGCCGGCUCUCUCCUAAAAUCCGCAAGUCACCUGGCUUCCGCGGAGGCUAGUGGAACUAGCUCGAGGAGUAGCUCACGGGGUGCUUCGGGUGGGAAGAAGAAGAGGGUUUACCCUGCUGCUGCUUUUGGCUCUUAG